UUUUCUACAUGUUAAUUAUUAUGUGGAUGCUUCCAGUAUUUAUUAUACCAUAAUAGUGCAGGUGUAGAAGAAGCUUGGCAGGGAACAGAUGUCUAUGUGCUGCUCUCAAAAAUAGGGCCAUACCUAAUCUUCUUUGCCGACAUCGCAAGAACCGCUCCAGAUAUGGAGUUUGAGAGUGAGGUCAUGAAUGCCUACAUGCAGCUACUGGUGCGAGACUUUAAUGUGAAGUCAACCGACAGGGCUAUGGCAAUCGACACAUUCGAGAUGUCCAACAUAUGGAAAAGAAAACAACCGAAAGUGAAGCUGGAUCCACACAUGUACAAGUACAUCCUUGGGAUCAUCAACGAGAACCACCACUGGAAACUCACUGUCAUGAUCCCAUCACAAAAAAAGGCUCUCUUACUCGAUCCUCUUGGGGAAUCCAGUACCGACAUAAAUAGGUGCAAAGAUGUAACAAGAGCCUUCAUGAGACUUAGGGGGAUCAAUGUGUCCAGAUGGGGAUGCGACACAGUCCCACACCCUCGUCAGACUGACAGUACCUCCUGCGGGCCCUUUGUAUUGAAAUUUGCUGAAUGUAUCCUUAAAGGUGAAAACUGCAAAUUUAAUACAUCAAGAAAAGGUGUAGGGGAAAUGCGAAGGGCAAUCGCAACUGCUCUCCUUGAGAAUACUGGUAACUAUUUCCCCCAUGAAAAUAUGUAGUUAUAAUUCUCUUUUUAGGGCUGCUUUGCAAAGACAAUGUAAUAUAGAGCAACUGUUACAGUUAAUUUAGGUCAUUAUGAGGAACAUAAUGACCUAAAGUCAUGAUCUUUUAUUAGAUGACCUGACUGAGGUGUGCCACCAAUGUGGACAGACAGACAAUCCAGAAACAGACGAGGACGUACAAUGGGUAAGACAUUUUUGUUUUGACAAGUCAUCAUUUAUUAUAUAUAUACCUUUAUUUUCAAUCAGAUGAACAGUAUUGUCAGUGUUAAUAGCACAGGAGUUGGUGCCACUUACCAAAUUACCAAAACUACUUA